GCGUGCGCGCAGGCGGAGGAUCGCCGAGCCGAGCCGUACCGUGCAGCAGGCACAAGCCGCUGGGCGCGCAGGAGAAGCCGCAAAAAAUUACAGCAGCCGCUACUUGAAACUGCGAGGAGAGCAGAGGGAGCGUCGGAACUUCAGUGUGCACGAAGUCAGAGAUCCAAAAUGGGAGGCAAGCUCAGCAAAAAGAAGAAGGGAUACAACGUAAACGAUGACAAGGCCAAAGACAAGGAUGCCAAAGUAGAGGGGGCCUCUGCCGAGGAGAGUGAAGCACCGAAAGACAACAAAGACGAGGCCCCGGCUGCCACCGACACUAAGGAGGUAGCGAACGACACGGCGGCGAAGGAGGUGCCAGCAGCAGACGCUGCAGCGCCCAAAGAGGAAGAAAAGAACGCCACUCCCGCCGCCAAGGAGCCGGAGAAACCUGCCGCCAACGCUGAGCCGAAAACAGAGGCGCCCAAGAACGCAGAGCCCGCCAAGGCUGAGGAGAAACCAGCUGCCCCCGCCCCGGCCAAAGAAUCAGCCCCUGCUGCCAAGGAGCCCGAGGUUAAGGCGGCAGCACCUGCCCCGACGACUGAGAGCAAAGAUGAGGCCGACGCCAAAAAGACUGAGGCCCCCGCGGCACCAGCAGCCAAAGCCGAGGCGGCCCCCGCUGCCUCCCCUGACCCCAAGCCUACAGAGGCAGCAGCUCCCGCACCGGCGAAGGAGGGGGCCGCAGCCCCUAGUUCAACACCAGCCGCCGAGCCUCCAGCCAAGGAGGCGAACGCCACAGAGGCACCAAGCAAGGAUCAAACCGUAGCAGUUCAAGAUUAAUGGACAGCUUCUUUUCGGAAAUAAAAAAAAAUGUACCUAACUCAACGACGAUGAAGAUUAAAAAAAAUGAAAAUGAAAUAAACUAGCCCACCCAUAUUAUGAUGAUUAACAAUAAUAAUAAUAAUUGUAAUGCUAAUGAUUUGUUGAUUGAAGACGACUGGCGUAGCCACCUGGAUACAUUUCCUGCUGCUGCAGAUUAUAAUUGCUAUUAUUAUUGUUAUGUUUUAUUUUUUUCUGCUGUAGUAUUUGAACUUUGAUACGAGUCUGUGUCGGCCAUACGCCUCGUCAUUCCACCUCAAUCAUCCCUCUCCCUCAUACGCUCAAGAGGUUUAACCUCCCAUCUCAAACGUUCACCUGCUCCCUCUGCUCUGUGGACGUCAGAAUAUCAAAAUUUAGGGAAAUGGGACUGCGGGAAGGAGAGGUUUUAAGAAAUCACUUUAACCAGCUGGUCUUCCUUUGAAUCUGUCCAUCAUGGAGCUCUCCCCCUCCACUCAUCCUCCCCUGCAGAGUUUCUACUCUCAGCUUUGGCCUGAUACUUGCAGCUUUUCUUUGCCGUGUUGCCGUGUCCUUCUUUAACCCAUCCUUCCCCUUGCUUUUUGGUCGGGUUGUGUUGCUACACAUUUCCCUCUUGGGGUUACACGCCACUUUCUCUGUACGGCAAAAUCUUCUCUUUUAAUUCCAUUGUGAGGAUGGAGAAUGCUCAGGCUUUUUAAGACAUUGUGCAGCUGAAGAAAGGCCGACUUUGCAGAGCAAAACAUAUUCGUAGACGUAUAAAACAGUCGAAGGAAUUUUUCAGAUAAACUUCUAGAUUUUGUACUGAAACCCUUAGGUAUAUUGUAAGUGAACUAAGUGGUUUUUUAACAUUUGUAUACACUUAUCAAAUCUCCAAAGCCUCGCUGAACAGAUCUCUGCAGUGUUCUUAGAAAGUCUGAUAAAGAUCUUUGAUCCUCCAUCCAAACCUGACGACACAUUAUGAGAUUAUUGUUUUUAAAGACAUAUCUUCUGCUGACCUGGGUCAGAUAGUUUGAUCUUGCUUAGAAUACCAAGUUGGUGGCAUUUACUGCAUCAUCAGGAGACGUCGGGAGUUAAACUCUUUUCUGUGAUUGUUUUCAGUUCAGUGUGGCUGUUGAAGGAACUGAAAUCCUGAAUACUUAAGUAAAAGUUCCACAUAGUACACGUACUUACAUGUGCCGUAAGUAAAAGUCCUACAUUGUACUUAAGUCAAGGAUUAGCAGCAAAAUAUACUAAAGAAAGAAAAGUAUAUUCUAAUAGUAUACUGAUAUAGUGGACAGUGAUGGAAAGUGUUCACGUGUGCUCAUCACAUGUUAUUGCAUUUGUAAAGAAAAUCACAAAAGGAGAAUAAAACCUCCACAAAUGCCAUUUUAUGGCUUUUGGAAUUAAAUUUGGGAUGGAAAUAUAAAAGAAUAAUACAUUUGAAUAUUUGAAUUAAACACUCUGUUACCAGUUGAUCUAUUUACCUAAAAUUGACAUAUAGCGUCUGAAACUUUCAUAUGAUUAUAGCAGGAAUACCAGUAAAGCAGAGUUUGGUAUCUAAGCAGGUGGGAACAGAUCACACACAGGUGCUGCCUGGGGGGUGGGGGUGGGGGGGGUCUGCUCGAUCUGCAAUGGUCCAGCUCCUAUGGCAACCUCACGCCAUGCUAUUAUUAUGGGAUGGAAAACCCUUGCACAUGAAAAGGGGAGCUUCUUAUUUUGCCAUUUUCAUCCCUCAUGCAUUUUCCUUAACUUUUCAAAGAAUAUAUAUAUCAUAUAUGUACAUAUAUGCAGCAGUGGAAGAAAAAGUACUUACAACUUUUACUCAUCGUCGUGCUUUCAGCAGAAAGUGGGGAAGCUUCUAUGUGAGCUGAAAGAAGGAAAGAUGUAGCGAAGGAUUGAAAGAGCGGAGAUAUAGAAACAAGAAAAGAAAGAAAUCUGAUCUCACGAUUAACGGAAAAUCUCAAUUUGCAAAGUAAAAUAAAUCGGAUACAUUUGAGUAAUACUUUUCACAAAACAGUCGAGUAAGAAUAGAAAUGAACUUAACCUCAGAGUAAAUGUACUUUUUUAACUUCCACCUUUGCAAAUAUAUGUAGGUAUAUAUGUAUAUAUUUACUCAGCUAUCCAUUUGCCAACUUUUCUGUUUCAUCCAGCUGACACGCAGCGUUUUGCUCCCAGCACUUGUCAAACCGUAGCAGAAACAAACUCUCGAGGAGCGUUGUGUGUCACUUGGUUCACUUCUUCUUCCUCUCUUGACUCAGUAAAUUGCAUGUCUGUGGUUGGGUGAACCUGUAGUCCUGUCUUUUUGGUCAAGUGGAAAAAAUAAAUCUUUCUCAGUCUGCAUCCACUACAGUUGAUAUUUCCAUUCCAUGUCUCACCACUGCUAUCUCCACACCACACGUUCAUUCAAAACAAACAAAAAGAUGAUAUGGAAAUUGAUGCAUUCAAAAUUAUAUGUACUUGUAUAAAUGGUGCAACAGUAAUAAAAUGUAAGAAAUUGACUGAAACUCGA